AUGACCAAGAACACACCCAACAUGACCCGCAACCCCAAACCCAUCGCCAACCCCGACCUGCCAGCGCCUCCAUCAGGCAGAUACCCAGCCAAAUCCCACUGCCGCCGCGUGGCGCAGCACAUUGCUCAAAAUGGCGGGCCUACAUCAGGACUUCUCUACCUCGAAGGCCAAUCGACCAAAAUGACCGAAGAUGACGACCAGGCUUCUCACUUCCGGCAGCGAAGGCACUUUUACUAUUUGACGGGAUGCGAUCUGCCGGAUUGCGUUUUCGCCUACGAUAUUGCUGGCGACAAGGCCGUUUUGUGGAUUCCACCUAUUGAUCCGGAGGAAGUGAUGUGGUCUGGUCUGCCGACGUUGGUGGAGCAGGCGCAGGAGAAGUAUGAUGUUGAUGAGGUCAGGACGACGGAGCAGUUGAAAGAUGGUGGGAUUGCGGAUUCGUUGAGCGAGAGUGGGAUGACGGUUUUUGUGAUGAAGGAUCGUGCGGAUCUUGCGAUCUUUGAGACGACGAGGAUUUUACAGGCGAAGGGUCCGAGGAUUAAUGGUGAUUACCUCCGUGAGGCGAUUGAGAGGUGUAGAGUUGUGAAGGAUGAGCACGAAAUUGCCAUGAUCCGACAUGCGAAUAUCGUGUCGAGUUAUGCGCAUGAGCAAGUUCUGGCGAGUGUGACAAGGGCGAGUAAUGAGAGGGAGUUGAAUGCGGUGUUUGUGAUGCACUGUCAUGCCAACGGGUGCAAGGAGAUGGCGUAUGGCUGCAUCUGCGCUUCCGGGACGGCUGGAUCUACGCUACAUUACGUUCACAACGACCAACCGCUGGAAGGAAAGGAUAACAUCUUAUUGGAUGCCGGGUGCGAGUAUAACUGUUACUGCUCAGAUAUCACGAGGAGUUUCCCGAUUACGAAGGAUGGCAAGUUCACGAAGGAGAGUAAGGAGAUUUAUGAUCUGGUGCAUCUGAUGCAGAGUGAGUGCUUCAAGAUGAUCAAGGCGGGCGUUAUGUGGGAGGACGUGCAUAUGAAGGCACAUAUUGUUGCCGCGGAGGGACUCCAGAAGUUGGGGAUCUUCAAGAAGGAGUUGAGCAUUGAGCAGAUUUUGGAGUCACACAUCACCACGAGAUUCUUCCCACACGGGCUGGGACACUACCUCGGCAUGGACACUCACGAUUGCGGUGGCAAUGCGAACUACGCUGAUCCAAACCCAUUUUUUGCAUACCUUCGUGUGCGAGGAAGGUUGCCGGUCAAUUCUGUGGUCACGAAUGAGCCAGGUAUAUACUUCCGAGAGUAUCCUAUGAGGCAGGAGCUUAAGGAUGGCAAGUGGGAUGCUGUUGUCGACCAAGGUGUUCUUAGUCGAUAUUGGCGGGUGGGAGGUAUCAGGCUUGAGGAUGAUAUUGUGGUCAAGGAGGAUGGAUACGAGAAUCUCACGACAGUCAGUAGCGAUUGGAAGAGUGUGCAGGCUAUGGUUAGUGGAAGCCAGCCAGACUUUGUGCCGGCGUAG